UCGACGCUAUAGAACCAGCGCGGCUGUUGCGAGAGAAAUAUCAGCUUCUAGUUCUGCAUCAUGACAAGCUCGGGGUACGCUUUAUCUGAGAGCGCUAGUGGCCGAGGAAGUAUUGUCUACUACCAUCUUUGUCGCUUUUAGAACAGCCAUUCAAUCGAUUUACAGCACUCUUGACCUUCUCCAGGCCAGAAUGGCGAGCGCAAGGCGUGUUAUCGGUUGUUUCCCAUUCAGUGGUAUCGGCUGUGCUUGUUCAUCACGCCAUGCAAUACGCUUCCCCCUUCCCUUAUCCCCGCGCAGUAUGAUACAUAUAUGCAACGGCACCAUUACGGUAUCGUUUGGAUGUCUUGCUUGUCGCUCCCCGUCUUGUUACUCGGGCGCAAGCCUUUCAGACAACAACAGCCAUCUCCUGUCGUUCCUCGUUUCCACUAGGCUGUCUGAUAUAGCGUCUGAGUUUGUUCUUGAGACACGGACGCCGCAUGCGCGCGCCAUUUUAGCAUUCUUUCCUUCAUAUCCCGACGUACGUACUCUGUUCGGCAGGCUAAUGGAUACAGAGGCUAUGCUUACGAAGUCGGCUAUCAAGAGGUUGAACAAUGUCGUUGCCGUCCUUUUCUUUCCUAUUCCAUGUAAGCCACUGCUUGUGCGCCGUAUGAUUCCAUUUCACAGAAUUCCGCUAGUCAACGCUUUCAUGUAAUACUGCGCACCUGAGCUGGCGACAGAGAAAACCCCCGAGAGACGGAAGUUGUGUCAGCUGUGUUAUCGAUUCUGAGAUGUGACGAGC